AUGUAAAAUAAGUUUUUACAUCACAUAACACACUUAUAGGCUGAAAAUUCGAAACCAUCAGAAUCUCAUUGGUUAUUGAUUACAGGAAUAAUAGUGGGUAGUUUGGUAGGGAUAAUUGGAUUAGUUUAUGGUUAUUUAAAAUAUAGAUAAUACAAGGUUUAUUAGGAAUAUUCGUAAAGGCCUGAAGAUGGAAUUCCAAAAGAGAAAAUUGGAUUUGCUCAAAGAAACAAAUUCCGAUUCUGGAAAUUGUAUGAGAAUAAGGAAGAACCAAAUGAUCAAGUGAAGUAACAGCUGAAAGAAAAUUAUUAUGGCUAGUACAUUGAGUUGAGGUUCCUGUGUAAGCCUGGUGACUAAUGCACUAUUCGAGCAGAGAAACCUGUAGCAAGAGAUUCCACAUCCUAUUUUGAGAUUGAGAUAGAAGAUAAUCCAAGGAAAUCUGACGUUAUAUUAGGAUUUUGUUCAGCAAAAGAAUUUCAGAAAGAGUUAUCUUUGGGUCGAUCUCAGACGAGUGUAGGAUUCCAUUCGAAUACGGGUUAAGUGUAUUGGAGGAAUGCUUUACAUCAAGAUCAUAAGUUUUAAGCUGUUUAUGGCGAGACCAUUGGUAUUGGCAUAAGAUAGAGUGAUGGGAGAGUGUGGCUAAGUUACAAUGGGAAGUUUUUGAAUCCACCUCCAGCAAGUGAGGGAAAGAACCAAGAGGAGUUGGAAUUGGAGAAGAAGAAGGAGGAGGGAGAGAGUGAAAUCGAUAUUGAUUUUAUAGAUUUGAAUAAUAGGAACAAGGAGAUUGAAGAGAAGAGGAAAGCCUUGAUUUUGAGCAUGGGGGAGAAUCAGGAAUUGUAUCCGGCUAUUAGUGUCAAUGGACCUUGCAAAAUCAACUUGAAUGUGGGGAGCAUGUAGUUUAGAAUGAACCAAAAGGAAUUGAAACAUGGAUUAUUGCAUUGA